AGGAAACAAGAACUGACGCGGGAGCCAUGGAGGAUUGAUUAUUGGUGAUGGAGCUCGCGAUAAGCUGCCAGAACUUUAAUGCCACAGCAUUCUCCAGAAAGGUAGCCCUACUAGCUAGGCCAUCCGCCAUAUGCCCCCAUAUUACCUGCGCACAAACCAGCCCCAGAAAUGGCACGCACUUCAACUCAAUUUGGCCAUGGACGACGACGGCAGCAACCCAUCUCCUCCCUACGAUCUCGUAAUCCUGGGAGCAUCCGGAUUCACGGGCAAAUACGUCGUAAGGGAAGCACUCAAGUUCCUCAACACCCCAUCUUCACCUCUCAAAUCCUUCGCCGUUGCGGGCCGAAACCAUUCCAAGUUGUUGGACACCCUCAAAUGGGCCGCAAAGCCCAAUUCUCCACCUCCGUCCAUCGCAAUCCUCACCGCCGACACCGCCGACCCUGUUUCACUACGCAUGCUCUGCUCUCGGACCAGGCUCGUUCUCAACUGCGUCGGCCCAUUUCGUCUCCACGGAGGCCCUGUCGUGGCGGCCUGCGUCCAGGCCGGCUGCGAUUACUUGGACAUCUGCGGCGAGCCGGAGUUUAUGGAGAGGAUGGAGUUCGUUUACCACGACCAAGCGGUUGAGACCGGUUCGUUGGUUGUUUCGGCUUGUGGGUUCGAUUCGGUCCCGGCUGAGCUGGGUUGGAUGUUUAACUCGAAGCAGUGGGUCUACCCGGCUGUGCCGAACCGGAUCGAGGCUUACUUGAGCCUGGAAUCUGAUAAGAACAUUGUUGCCAACUUCGGGACUUAUGAAUCGGCGGUGCUUGGUGUUGCCCACAUGGACAAAUUGAUAGAGUUGAGGAGAUCCAGACCCAGAAGGUCUAAGCCAAAGAAGGGUCCUUCCGAGGAUGAGGUCGCGAGCGCUUCGUUCAAGAUGUGGUUCGUUGGACGUGGAUACAGUGACUUGAGGACGUCAAUAAAUGUUGGAGACAAGGAGGUCGAUGCGGAGAUCAUAACAAGAAUUAUGGGUCCCGAUGCGGGCUAUUUGACGACUCCUAUUAUUUUGCUACAAUGUGCUCUGAUCGUUCUAGGUCAACGUGACAGACUGCCUAAAGGAGGAGUUCUCACUCCUGGGAUCGUGUUUGGCCCGAUGGAUCUCCAAGAACGACUCCAACAAAAUGGAAUUUCUUUUGAUGUCAUUUCAAGGAGAAUUGGCUCUACUAAAUGA